AACUGUGGGGAUUGGGAUGUACAGAGCGAGCUAGGGUUAGGUUUUCACUUUUGUAUAAAUUGGAAGGAUGGGAAGAUGGAGAUGAAGACGGAGAUGGAGAGCAUGCAUCAUUGAGUUUACAGAGAUAUGAUGCAGGCCCCACAAAUACACACAAUCUGUGUGCAGACGCAACCUUAAGGGCUCUGCCCCACACCAGGUGUUUUGGCAGAUCUCACACGCCUCCACUCUGAAGCUCAUAUAAUUAGCCACCCUCAUCACCAUUCUUCUUCCUCACUUCACAUCUCCACUGCAUCUGCUUCUGCUUUCUACUACUUUUGUUCAUCUUCGUCACGGACUCACAUCCCACAUUUAUUUCAUUUAUUUUCUUUUUUAUUUUAUGGUGCAGUGAAGUGAGAGAGAACCAGUGAUUUUUGGGUUCUCUCGAUUUUCGGUGAUCUCUUUGUCACAUCCCUGGAUUCUCUUGUUCGUACGUCGGUGAACGUGAAGAGAGGUCAGAAUCGUCACCGUCUCAUUGAUGGCUAGGCCACUUCCAUAAUUAUAGGCACCCAAUCACUCACUCCACAUUGGCAAUUUCUAAGCGAUCUCUGAAUUUUAAAAAAAAUACACAAACAGUUUUAUAAAGUCUCCAUUUCAUCUGAAGCAAGCGUCGACUUCCAAGCGGAGAAAAACAGCUGUGGUCUGAGAGUUGAGAUUGAAUAGAAGCGGUGAGUCAGAUCGGUGGCGGUGAUUGUCAGAUGGGGAAUUGUCAAGCGGCGGAGGCGGCUACGGUGGUGAUUCAACAUCCUGGGAACAAGAUCGAGAGGAUUUACUGGUCAGUGAGUGCUCACGAGGUGAUGACUUCAAAUCCGGGCCACUAUGUCGCACUCGUCGUUACCUCUCCCACGGCCAAGUCCGAAAACGGUACUCCAUUGAAGCAGCUCAAGCUUCUCCGUCCAGACGAUACCUUGCUUAUCGGACAAGUUUAUCGCCUCGUCAGCUUCGAAGACGUGUUGAAAGAAUUCGCUGCGAAAAAGUCGGUGAAACUGGGGAAGCUGUUGAAGGAGAGAGGAGGGCUCGGAUUGGAGAAGACAAAGAGGAAGCACUCAAGUGGUUCAAAUUCGAAUCAGAAUCCGAAACCAGACAGCUACGGUACUGUUGAGGAUGAGCAGGAGGUUUAUGGAUUGGGAAGUAAUGUUGGCAGCAGCAGCAGCAGCAGCAGAGGCUUGGGAAGGUAUCAGGGUGGUGGUGGGGGGCAAUGGAAACCAGCCUUACAGAGCAUUGCAGAAGUUGGAACUUGAACGCACUACCACCUUCCACACUCUCGCUUUCCUUGUCUCGACUCUCGUCCACCUCCCCCGCUGUCUCACCCUCCUACCAAUAAAAACAAAACCCCACCCAUCCAACCAUCCAACCAUCCUUUCUCUCUUUCCCAUAGCUUUUUAUCUUGUUUCUUCUCAGGACAAUGAACUAUUUCUAGGCAUAGGGUUUGUGCUAGAUGUGACCCGUUUGGAGUCUUUGGACUUGUAAGAUAUAUAAAUAUGUCUAAAUGUAACUUUAUUUGUUCAAUUAAAGUUGAUUUUGGUCCACCAAGCCAAACUUUUUGACUCA